AAACAUAGCAAGUAGCAUUUGAUCACAUAUGGCUUCAUCUGAAAUGGUUCAUGUGCUUGAGCAUUGCCAAAUCGCUCCUCCUCCAGGCAGUGUUGAUGGGAAGUCACUUCCACUCACCUUCUUUGACUUGCCAUGGCUCCAUUUUCCUCUUAUGAAACUUUUUUUCUUUUAUGAAUUUUCCCAUCCCAAAACUUAUUUUGUGGAGACCAUCAUUCCUCGCCUCAAACACUCGCUUUCUCUUACCCUCAAGCAUUUUUUUUCCACUCUCUGGGAAUCUAAUAUUUCCUUUGGAUUGUAGCAUACCCGAAAUUCGUUAUAAGGAUGGUGACUCAGUUUCAUUAACCUUUGUAGAGGGUAGUUUUGAUUUCGAUCAUCUCAGUGGAAAUCAUCAACGAAAUGACAUUGAUUUUCACCCUCUUGCUGUCCAAAUGUCACCAGCAUCCACAACCUUUGGCCCAUUAAUUGUCCCUCUCCUAGCUAUUCAAGUGACACUUUUUCCGAACUCUGGUAUAUGUAUUGGGUUCACAUUUCAUCACAUAGCAGGCGAUGCGAACACAUUCGUUCGGUUUGCAAGAUCAUGGGCUUCCAUUAACAAACUGGGUGGAGAUGCAACAUCGGUAGAGAGUCUAAUCCUUCCGUUCUAUGACAGGACUGUGGUCAAGGAUCCAAUUGGGCUCCGCUCAACCUUCUGGAACUAUUUUGGAAAAGUGAAGUUUGAAGGGUGUCAAUCUCAGCUAUCUACCAAUAAUGUCCGAGCCAAAUUCUUACUCCGCCGAGCUGAAGUUCAACGACUCAAGAAAUGGGUUAUUCCUCAAAUCCCAAAGCAAUCACAUGUCUCAGCUUUUACAGUAAUAUGUGCUUAUGUAUGGUCUUGCAUGAUCAAAGCUCGAUCAAGAAGUGGUGAGGAUGUUGGUGAAAAUGAAUUAGAACAUUUUGCUUUCACGGCUGAUUGUCGGACCCUUCUGGACCCGCCUAUACCUGCAGCUUAUUUUGGUAACUGCUUAAUGGGUGGUUUAGCGACCACAAAGAGUACGCGACUAAUUCAAGAAGAUGGCUUUAUAGUCGCAGCCAAGUCAAUACGGGAGGCUAUCCAUGAGAGAGUUCGGAACAAAGGAGGAGUUCUGAAAGGUGUACAGCAAUGGGUCUCAGAUUUGAAAUCGUUAAACCGAAUGCGAAUGGCCGCAGUAGUCGGAUCUCCAAGGUUUCAGGUUUAUAAUGUGGAUUUUGGGUUCGGUAGACCUAAGAAAUAUGAAGUCAUAUCACGAGAUAGAUACUUUACACUUGAUGGUUGCAAAGAUAAUGAGGAAGAUUUUGAGAUUGGGUUGUGCUUCCCCAAGGCUAAAAUGGAUGCCUUUGCGGAGAUCUUUACCAAUGGCCUCGAGGCUUAUUCCUGUUUAUAAUAAUAAGGAUAAUGAUAUAGUAAGGAAAAAUAAAAUGAAAAUAGUGAAUGAUAUUGUUACCAUCAACAUUGUAGCUAAUUUCUAUUUGAUCAUGUAUUAUGAAUAGUGUAUUUCACUUCCUUGUUUAUGAAAUAAUGAACGUUGUUGUGAUA